CCUUUCUUGCAUCAAAAUUUUUUGAAAAUAAAAUUUUGGAGGGCUUCUUUCUCUAAAAACUCUCUCUCUCUCUCUCUCUCUCUGUAGUCUCUUCAAAUUCAAUGGAGGUUCCAAAGGAUCAGAUGAGCCUUCUGAUCGACAACGGCCUCUUCGAUUCCGCUCAGCUCCUGGGAUCCUUUCUUGUUUCUUCAGCUGUUACGAAUGUUGAAGCUAACCAAUAUGCAAAGGCUGAAAACUUGGUGCUUCAGGGCGAUGCUUUGUUGGGACAAAAGGAAUUUCGUAGGGCACUGAGUAUGUAUAAACAAGCUUUGCAACAUUGCAAGAUUAUUCCUAAGCAAACAACCAAUCCUAGAAGUUCAUUAUCCACAUCAAGUAGAUCAUCUUCACCAAAUUCUAUGAUUGUUUCAGCAAUUAAUGAAAAUGAGGUGAAGUUCAAAAUUACACUUUGCCAUUGUGCACUAAGUGAGAAUCGUGCUGCGAUGUUAGAGAUGGAAGGAAUCCCAUCUAAAGCAAGAACUCUACGUAUGAAUCUUACCAUGGGGAAGCUUUAUCGUAUCUCUAGACAUAACCGACCUGCUAUUGCAUGCUAUAAAGAUUGUUUGAGAAAUUGUCCUUAUGUUUUGGAGGCCAUUACAGCUUUGGCCGAGCUCGGAUGUUCUUCAAAGGAGAUCCUAUCAUUUCUUCCCCAGACACCAAAUAGAGGGAGGUCGUCCUUUGAUCACCUGGAUGCGUCUCGUUGGUUGCAUCGGUAUACCGAGGCUCAAUGUUGCAUCGCUUCAAAUGAUUACAAAGGUGGUCUAGAACAUUUUUCUGAACUUUUGCAACGUUUUCCUAAUAAUGUCCAUAUAUUGUUGGAGGUUGCAAAGGUUGAAGCGAUAAUUGGGAGAAAUGAUGAAGCGACUAUGAAUUUUGAGAAGGUUCGUUCUCUUGAUCCAUAUGUUGUUACAUACAUGGAUGAGUAUGCCAUGCUUCUAAAAGCAAAGUCCGACCACUCUAAGCUGAACAAAUUGGUCCAUGACUUGUUAAAUAUCGACCCUGCAAGAGCAGAAACUUUUGUUGCUUUAUCAGUAUUAUGGGAACGAAAAGAUGAACGAAGAGCUCUGUCUUAUGCCGAGAAGAGCCUCAGAAUUGAUGAUAGACAUAUUCCGGGACAUAUAAUGAAGGGAAACCUCUUUUUGGCAUUCAAUCGACCAGAUGCUGCUGUUACAGCCUUUAGAGCAUCUCAAGAUUUGAGGCCUGAUCUUCGGUCUUACCAAGGCUUAGUACGUUCUUAUCUGGUUCAAAAUAAAAUCAAAGACGCCUUGUUAACUGCCCGUGAGGCAAUGAGAGCCAUGCCACAGUCUGCAAAAGCUCUCAAAUUAGUGGGCGAUGUGCACGCUAGUAAUCCUGGUGGGAGGGAAAAGGCAAGGAAGUUCUAUGAAUCCGCACUUCGUCUAGAACCAGGUUUUCUUGGAGCUGCUUUGGCCUUAGCUGAGCUACAUGUUGUUGAAGGACGAAAUAAAGAUGCUGUUUCUCUACUCGAAAGAUAUCUGAAAGACUGGGCUGAUGACUCUCUCCACAUCAAAUUGGCUCAAGUGUUUGCAGCAACAAAUAUGCUGCAAGAGGCUUUAUCACACUAUCAAGCUGCUUUAAGAAUAAACUCACAAAAUGAAGCUGCAAAAAAAGGUUUAGAGCGCUUGGAAAAGCAGAUGAGGGGAUUGGAUCCAGAUGCACCUGAAGAUGAUGAGGAAAAUGAAGUUGAAGAUGCCGAUGGGGACCAAGAAUAUCCUGAGUUGCUUUAAGCUGCAGAGAUAGCUGUCUGUUGCGUCAUUUACAUCUGAUCACUGCAAAAUGAGCAUGGAUAUAGGCUUAUUAAGACAACCUUAGUGGCCAGAAAGAAGUGAUGCCUGUUCCGAAACAGUUGCUUAAUGCACUUGUCAACUUGCGAAGAUUCUUAGAUCUUGUGCAAAAUACUUAUUAUGUAAUUGUAGAGCAGUUGUAAUCUAAAUCUAAUAUUUAUCAUGGAAAUGUAGAAAACAUUAUGUUGUGACUGGGAUGAUCAUUUUAUGUACGCUAUAAUGAGUGUACAGUAGUAAAGUUUUGUUCUUGGCCACAUCAAUUCC